UACGUUUUAAAUUAAACUAUAUGUUCGAAUUUUUCAAAGUACUUCAGAUAAAACCACGUACUUUCCUUUGAACCACACACACAGGCCAAUAACGACCCUAAAUAUGUUUACAAACUGUCAUAAAGACCAUGUGACCUGUGGGCUUAAUUCAAUGAACGUUGUUGUCAAACGAUGAAAUGUUCAGCUUUCUGUAAUAUUACUGAUAAAGUUAUUUCACCUGAUAUUCUCAGAUUACACAAUUCCAAAGAGUUUUUUUUAAAUUUUUAUAACGAUCUUCGAAGACGAUGAUGUCGUUUAAACUAGGCUUGUUUAAAUUAUCGAUAAAAUAGCUUCUUAUAAUAAUUCGCCACACUUUAUAAACAUCUACUAAUAAAUACUGUGGUAAUUAAGUUAAAAUGCUUGAAGAGGAUCAACUAUGUUGCGUAUGAAAUACGAAAUAUAAACAUUUUAAUGGACUACUUAAACAAAUUUCUAGUUUUGGUGUACCCAGUACAUAUUAAUUAACUUAAAACAAACCAGACAGACGCUACAAAUCAAUUCCUUAAUGGAACUAGUGCUUUAUUGUGUUAUUUGAUUUGAAAUUCACAAAAUUUAUCGUCCGCUAACCCAAACGGUUUUGCGAUGAUGAGCUACGGAGGAAUGUUGAUGACCACCGGUGGAGGCGCGCUGCAGUCGACACCUGGGGGAUUUCCGACGCCCGGCAACUCAACGACGGUCUCGGACCUCGUGGGAUUGACGGCGACAGAGAACUCCAGGCGCUUCUCCGUGAGCAGUCUACUGGAACUGGAGGAACUGACUCCAUCAGGGACAAGACGAGGACAGGACACAGACAAGAGUGAAGAAGAAGACAGCAUUCUGGAUGGCGACGACAGGAAACGGAAGAAGCCUCGUCGCAACAGAACCACCUUCACGACGGGCCAACUGACCGCCCUGGAGAGGGUGUUCGAGAGGACGCAUUACCCGGACGCAUUCGUGAGGGAGGAGCUGGCGAGACGCGUGAACCUCAGCGAGGCCAGAGUCCAGGUCUGGUUCCAGAACCGAAGAGCUAAAUUUCGCCGCAACGAGCGAAGUGUCUUGGCGCAGAGGAGUGGGCUGUAUGGCCGGGAGGCACCGCUUCAACAGGGCGGUGGAACCGCGGCAGUGGAACAGCCCCUGGCACCCAGACCAACUGCGGUACUGCCUCCAGGAACUUCUCAGCCUGACUACCUAAAUUAUGACCCAUCAUGGAAGGCAGCUGCUCCUGGUUGCCAGCAGUACGCAAUGCUUUCUGGUACACCUGCACUCAGCAGUCUGCCUGUAGCAACACCAUCCUGUGCAUUUAUGUCUUCUGCAGGUAUAUCCUCUCCCUAUAAUGCUUCAUCUUUAGCUGUGUCACACCAGUCCUCAACGAUGGGAACGGGCUAUAGUGUUAGCACCAGUAUUGCCAAUCUUCGCUUCAGAGCUCACGAAUAUAGUCUACAUCCAUCACAGAUAUAGUGAGCAAACAUUGACUAAAUAAAGUGAUUCAGCGCUGCAGAGAUGUUACAAGUUAAACCACUUUGUGCCAAAUGUAUACGAAUUCAAAAGUACGCUGGAAGAAAAGCAGUUGUUAAGAAGUAUGUGAAUGAAGUGAAGUGAUUGUAAAUUACAGUGCUGAUAUUAAUAAACAAUAUUUAUUUAUAGCAUCAAUGUAUGGGUAAACUUAACCUCUCAUACUAAUGGAAGAACAAAGAUUGAGGGUGUCUGGGGCAGGGUGCUAUGGCCCACUAUUUGAAAAUAUGCUAUGCUCCCAAAAAUUUAUUUAUGUCAAACAAAUUAAACAGUACAGCAGAAAGACAAAACUGGUUUUAAUGAUAGUGAGAACUAUGUAUAUUGAGCAGAAAAGUGCUUUUUUUUUUUUUUUUGUAAGUGAGUGAGACAUUAAUAUUUU